AACAACAACAGGUUGCUUAGCGUUCGCUUUAAAAUCCAGAGAAGCUACAAACCACAUACCACACUCUCUUCUUUCUUCUCCUCCACUGUUUCUAGGGUUUCGACCUGACGUUUCGUCGCUGCGGUUUUUCUUGUUUUCUUCGCUUUCAGUCUCCCGAAUCUCCACCACGACGGAGACAAUGGAGAAGAUAGAGUCGGAUUUGAAAGAGUCUGAGUUCAAGCAGAGGAGCCUAGCCAAGGCGUACGAUAUUAUACAUGCGCAAGCUAAUUCGUUCCUCAUUUUUACUGUGCAGUGGAAGGACCUCGAGGACCACUUUGAGUGGACUCGGAACUCGCUAGAGACCCGGUUCCAAGAACUCGAGGCCCGCGAGGAGGAUAUCGGAGUCCGGGAGACGAAGUUGGAAGCCAAAGAGUGGAACUUUCGCUCGGAGAAGGAAGCGAAAGCCUGCGAGUUGCGCGGCCUUGAUAGAUUGAUCGAUCAGAAAUUGAAAGAGGUAACUGACUGUAAAAACCACUUGCAUUCACUUUUGUCAUUGAUUCAAGAACACAGCGAUGAGGUCAUUGUUCAAGAGAAUCGGUUGAUGGAAGUUGAGAAGUUUGUUAGAGAGAAGGAGAUGGAGUUUGAUUCGAUUGACCGGCGUGUUAAAGAAAGGAUGAAAAAAUUGAAUUGGGUUGAGAAAAUUGUGGAAGAGAAGGAGAUGGAGUUUGAUUCGAUUGACCAGCGUGUUAAAGAGGGGACCGAAAAUUUGAAUUGGGUCGAGAAAAUUCUGGAAGAGAAGUCGAAAUUGGCCGAGUCUAAGGAGGAGGAAGUGAAACGCUUUCAAGAAGCGUUGAACAAGUACGUUGAGGACAUAGAGUUGAAGAAGAGGCAAUUGAAUGAGAUUCUUGGGUCAAUUGAGAAGCACAAGAAAGAGUUUGAUUUGAAAGAAGAGCUAGUUGAAGCAACGAAAAGAUCGAUUGAGGAAUGCGACAGGGAGUUGAUAUUGAAAGAGGAGAAACUUAAGUUGAUUCAAAAAUCGUUAGUGGAGUGCUCUAAUACACUCGAAUCGAGAGAGAAAAAUAUUAAGGAAAUGGAUUUGAAAGAGAGAGAUUUUGGUAUGCUUAAGAAUUCAAUGGAGGAGUGGUCUUGUAAACUUGAUUUCAGAGCGAGGGAACUUGAAUUGAUGGACAAGAGGGUAAUUGAACGCUUCAACAAGGUUAAGUUGAAAGAAAAGAAUUUGGAUGAACUCCAAAAAUCGAUCAGAGAUGGCGAGAAGCAUUUGGAUAAAAUGUCUAAGGGACUUCAAAUGAAAGAGGGUCAACUUGAAGACCAGGUCAAAGAGCUUGCAUUGAGGCAGAAAGAAGUUGAUUCGAUCAAAAAAUCCAAUGAAGAACGCACCCAAAACCUGGAAUCAAAAGAGAGGCAACUUGAAGACCAGGCCAAAGAGCUUGAAUUGAAGCAGAAAGAAUUAUUUUCGAUAAAAAAAUCCACUGAAGAACACACCUUAACUUUGAAAUUGAAAGAGAGGCAACUUGAAGACCAGGCCCAAGAGCUUGCACUGAAGCAGAAAGAAUUUAUUUUGAUAAAAAAUUCCACUGAAGAACACAACGGAAUCCUGAAAGCAAAAGAGAGGCAACUUGAAGACCAGGCCAAAGAGCUUGAAUUGAAGCAGAAAGAAUUUGAUUCGAUCAGGAAAUCCAGUGAAGAACUCCUCCGAAACCUGAAAUCAAAAGAAAGGCAACUUGAAGACCAGGCCAAGGAGCUUGAAUUGAAGCAGAAAGAAUUUGAUUCCAUUAAAAAAUCCACUGAAGAACACACCCGAAACCUGAAAUCCAAAGAAAUGCAACUUGAGGACCAGGCCAAAGAGCUUGAAUUGAAGCAGAAAGAAUUUGAUUCGAUGAAAAAAUCCACUGAAGAACACACCCGAAACCUGAAAGCGAAAGAGAGGCAACUUGAAGUCCAGGCCAAAGAGCUUGAAUUGAAGCAGAAAGAAUUUGAUUCAAUCAGAAAAUCCACUGAAGAACUCAUCCAAAACAUGAAAGAAAGGCAACUUGAGCAGAAAGAAUUUGAUUCGAUCAGAAAAUCCUGUGAAGAACACAUCCAAAACAUGAAAUCGAAAAAAAGGCAAAUUGAAGACCAGGCCAAAGGGAUUGAAUUGAAGCAGAAAGAAUUUGAUUUGAUUAAAAAAUCCACUCAAGAACAUACCCGAAACCUGAAAGCGAAAGAGAAAAUUAAUGCCCUUCAUUCUCAAGUGAAGAUUGAGCAACUGGAAUAUAUCCCUUCCAACCAGGCCUUUGUUCCUUCUUCUGCAAUUAAUCAAUCCAGCAUCUAUAGGGAUGGUAGAGGCUUGCAGUUGUUCAUGAAUGAGCAUUUGAAGAGAAUUGAUUUAGUGGGUAGUGAAAUCUCAGCUGUUCUUGAGGCCUCAUUGGACCCAGCAAAAUUGGUUUUGGAUGCAAUGCAAGGGUUUUACCCCUCAAAUUCGACUGUAGACAACAGAGAGUGUAAUUUUGAUUUGAGAGUUAUUAGGAGGAGUUGUAUUCUUUUGUUAGAGGCUUUAAAGAAAGUCUCACCACAAAUUAAUCCUCUGGUGAGAGAAGAAGCAAUUAAGUUGGCGGGUGACUGGAAGGCUAAAAUGACGGGGGCAACCGAGAAUUGGUUGGAGAUUUUGGGUUUUUUGAGGCUUGUUACUACGUAUGAAAUCACCUCUGAGUAUGAUGGGAAGGAGCUUCAAAGUCUUGUUGCUACAAUUGCCGAGUAUGAACAGGCAACUGAAUUAUCCCAGGCCCUUGGUAGCACAGAAAAGGGAUCUGCCAGCAUCAUUUUUUCCCCUGUCAAAACUGAGAAACCAGAAUCUUCCCUGACCAAAAAUGCAGCAGGUGUUUCUUCUCCGAAUCUUCAACUAACUGCUACUACAGAUGCAACGAAUUUGCAGGGGUUUGUACAUGAGCUUGCGAGAGGGAAUCACUUAAUACAAAGUGAAACUUUGGCUGCUCUUCAGACGUCAUUGGACCCAGCAAAAUUUGUGUUGGAUGUGAUGCAAAAUUCUUUUGCUCAAUACUGGGGAAAUGGGGAUGUUCAUUCUAAAGAAACUGUCAUGUUGAGUUACAUCAACCUAUUGGAGCAGCUAAUUUGUGUCUCACCGCAUGUUGGACCUCAUGUGAAGGAUGAUGCAAGAAAGCUAGCAAUCCAGUGGAAAGCAAAAAUGGGAGCUGAUACUCAAAAUUCAUUGGAACAUUUGGGUUUUUUGCAGUUUAUUGCUACAUAUGGGUUGUUUUCUACCUUUCCUAGAUAUGAUAUGGUAUCGCUUCUUGGGAGGAUUUCUCAGGAUAAACAGACUCGAGAAUUAUGUCAGAAACUCAGUUUUGCAGAUAAGAUCCCUGCCCAUUUUAUUCUGAAUCUUAUUGAAAGAGGGCAACUGAUUGAGGCUGUUAGGUUGAUUUGCACAUUCAAGUUAAUUGACACUUUCCCCCCUGUUCCACUCUUAGAAAAGUUUGUGGAGAAUACAAAGAACUGGAACAGGAGAAUUUGCAAGAAAAAGAAAUCACUAGAUGAAAAGGUUAAGGUUUUAGAUAAUGAAAUUGCUGAUUUAAGAGCUGUGAUUCAGUGCAUCAAAGAUUGCAAUCUCGAGUCUGUAUACCAAUCUGGGAGGAUUGAAUUACAAAUAGCCAUGGUUGAGAAAAUAAAAGAGGGUCAAAGACAUUCAGAGACAUCUCUUGCCUGCAAAGUUGGGAGACAAGAGGAGAACAAAUCUCUUGUCUGCGAAGUUGAACAACAUGAACAGAGUAAAUUGAUUGUCAUCAGGACUGAACAACAAGAGGCUAAUAAGUUUGAACAACAAAAGCAGACAAAUUGGAAUAAACGCAGAGGGGCUCAACCACAUCAACAACAACAGCAUCCAAAUAAAUUCCAACGAACAGGGGGAUCGGCCGCUAGACUAUAUCGAAUGCCGACUUCCUGUCCUGGCUAUCAGCAUAGAAGUGUGCCAUCUUGGCAGCAUGAUAAUUAUAGACACCCUGGGCAGUUUGGUAUGGCUGCGGCCAACGAAUAUGGAAUUGGCACUAAUUGUGGACACCCUGGGCAGUUUGGUAUGUAUGCAAACGACUACAAUACUGGUGCAAUGCAGAAUUCUGGAAUACAUCGCCCGCAUCACUUCACCCCCAGCCCUCCUCCACAUGGCACUUAUCAACCCUAGUAUGAACUGCCACACAUGUGUACAUAGUAAUUCCUGAAAGGCGGCCGCUCCCAAGUCUGCAGUGCUGCUGAUCUUGGUUUACCAUCCUCGUAUAGUAAUUUAAUGAGGGGCCCAGGCCGCUCCCAAGUCUGCAGUGCUGCUGAUCUUGGUUUACCAUCCUCGUAUAGUAAUUUAAUGAGGGGCCCAUCUUUGGUAGGUUGCCGGCCUGCUUGCUUUUGUGAGUUGCACUACUUCCAUUUUGGAGAAGCAACUGUAGGGACCCUUGACAACAUAGAUGGAGCAUUUGAAAUAUUUUGAGAACAUGUUUACUGUUCAUACAAUGUUUUUUGGUCUUUUUGUGUUCUAGGCUAGAUGUUUAUGUUGAUUUAUUACAGCUUAGUGAUAAUGUUAAGGCAGUACCUGAUUGCUGCACUCUAGUUUCUUUCUUUAUUAUAUUUGGGUCACCACCCUGAUUUGCUUUGA